AUGUACCUAAAUUACAUACAAUAGCACAAGACUAAAACAAGUUAAAAAAUAUUUUCGAAUAGCGCAUAAAAUAAAAAAAAUUAUCAAUAAUUUCAUGUACUUUAAAACCGCAAUACAUACCUAGAACUUUACAUUUUUCAAAGCAAACUCGAUUUGAAAUAAUUGAGUGGGUCUGCAGCAGGCGACAUUUUUUCGAAGGCAUGGAUACCUAACGGUUAUUAAGACCUUAAAUCAAAAGUAAGACAAUGGCUAAAACAAAGCAGACCUUUGGAGAAUAUAAAUGCAAAAUAUGCAGCAAGGUAUUCUCAGAAAGAGGAGGCUUGAACCAUCACUUGCAACUCCACACAUCAGAUAAACCAUUCUCAUGCAAUAAGUGCACGUUCACAUGCAAGACCAAGAAGUAUCUACACCGACAUGCUAACAGAGUCCACACAAAACGUGAAAAAGACAAUGAAUGUGAUGUCUGUGGCAAGAAAUUCCUUUUCAAGAGCCUGCUGGACAGGCAUGUGUACAUACAUUCUGAUGUCAGGCCAUUCAAAUGUGAAGUGUGCAAUAAAGGAUUCAAUUCCAGGUACUCCUUGUCGUCACACAGGCAUACACAUACAGGUGCAAAACCAUAUAAAUGCGACUACUGUGACUAUGCGUGCCGGGAUAACUCCACUCUACGAAAACAUAAGGAAAGGCAUACUGGCAUCACUAGGCUGUACCAGUGCACCGCUUGCGAUAAAAGUUACAAAACUAAGAGUGUGCUAAAAAUGCACAUCGCUGAGGUGCACAUGGCAGUGGAUAUCAAGACGAUGCCAUGUUCGGAGUGUGGCAAGAUGUUUAAGUGCUUGAAAACCUUGAAUAACCAUGUUAGAUUGUCCCACCUGAAGUUAUACAAGUGCAAAUGUGAAAUUUGUGGCAUCACUUUAUCGAACAAAUACAAUAUGAGAUCGCACCUCACUAGUCAUAUCGACUAUCGACCUUUCAAAUGCAGCUUUGAGGGCUGUGACAAGCGUUUUAAAGACAAGUGCGGUCUCAAAAAACACACGAUUAUCCACUACCCUGAGAAACAUUUUGAAUGCAGCAUUUGCAAGAAAAAGUUUUCAAGAUACCAUCGGAUGAUCGAACAUAAGAAACAACAUAAGGCCAAAAAGAAGUGCGUCUUCUGUGAUUACUGUGGUAAAGGUUUCUACAGCAAAAGCUAUAUAUAUUCACACAUAACUAAGAAACAUAUGUACAGAAAGCAAUACAUGUGUGAUUUAUGUGAUUUUAGCACAUACAAUAAGCCAAGUUUAGUGAUGCAUAUCAAACAUGGACACGUCUCGGAAAUGGACAGGAAGUGUAAAAUAUGCAAGAAGACGUACAAAAAACAUAUAUAUUUGAAACUGCAUUACUGGAAUACACACAGCAUCAAAUACAAACUCAAUAGAGUCAAUCUAAAGAAACCCAAAAAGAAAAAGAUUAAUAAUAUAAUAAUAGAAGAAAAUUCAGAAACUGGUCUGAAAGAAAUUGAAUUGCUGCAUGAAAUCAAAGUUGAACAAAUGAGUGAUACGGAAGAAAUGAAAGAUGGAACGCAGUAUUCAAUGGGUGUUUUGAGUGAGGACAUAAAUCGAGCAAUCUCAGAAAAAAAUGGCGUCACACCAGAUACGUUCAAGGAUUUGUUUAUAGAACAUAUUAUUAUGCCGUCCUCUUCAAAUGGUGAAGAAACCCAACGAAAAGAGACAGACAUAUACGUAGAUGUAACAUGCCAGAAAGAGGCAGAGAGAGUCAGGGCGGAAAUGCUGGAGAGAUGGAAACCAAAUGCGGGUGUGAAACCCUUUAUACGAUUGAAAAGACAUUAUGACGGAACCAUCAAAAACAAUUCGAAAACAAUUAAAAAUGAAAAAAUUGAAGUCACAGUAUUUAGUGAAAACGAAUCUAAUGUUCCAAUCCGUGAAGAAGUGUCUCGAAGAAUAGAAGUAAAUAGAAAAAAUACGAAGAAAAGCCGUUUCGUAAAUUAUUGUGACAAAAUAAGUGAGAUACUCGAAAAAUUCAACAAUGAAAAUCUGCGUGAAGAUGAAAAAAUCUCAAAAAUUAAUCACAAAAUCUCAAAAAUUGGUGAGCAAAUCCAGAAUAAUAUAGAAAAGGAUAGUGUUCACCAUAAAAAACAGAUUAUAAAAAAACUGAAUAGAGCAUUAGCUAAAUAUAAUAAUUUAGUGAAAAAAGUGAGUGAUAUUCACAACAAAGAACCAGAGUCAUCACCUGAAAAUGUUGAUACAACAAAUGAUGUAUUACAUAGAGGUGAUAAUGGUCUAACAUCGAUUGGUGAUGAACAUAGACAAAAUAAUGAGAACAAUGGUGAAGUAACAUCAACUAAUAUUCACUAUGUAAUAAAAAGAAAUGAUGAACGUGAACAAGCAUCAAUUGGUGAUGAAAAUAAACAAAACAGUGAAUACAAUUGUGAAAAGGCGUCAUUGGAAAAUGAUGCAAAUAAAAGUGGGGACAUGACAACUGAAGUUAUCAAAAAGGAUGAAUGUAAGAAAUUGAGUGAUGAACUGACGUCAUCAGAAAAUGCAAAUAGAAUUGAUACUAUGAUGGAGAAAAUUGAUGACGAUUUUGCAUCGAUUAGUGAUGAGAAUAGACAAAAUAAUGAAUACAACUGUGAAAAUAGAAGUAGUGAUGUACAGAAAUGUGAUGAUGAUUGUACAUCGAUUGGUGAUGAGCAUAAUAUUGAAUACAAUGGUGCAUUAACAGAAUGUGGUGAAAAUAGAAAUUAUGAUAUGUUCGAAACAGGUGAUGAUGAUCUGACAUCAAUUGAAGAGCAUAUACACAAUGAAUACAAUAAUGAAAUAACUUCAUCAGUGAAUGAUGAAAAUAGUGGUGAUGUGACCCAAAUAAGUGUUCAGGCUUCUACAGGGGGUGAUGAUUUUAAGCAAUUGAAUGCUGAAAUGGAAUUAGAAAAUGAUGAGAUUAUUGUUUGUAUUGUGAUGGCGAAAGGCAAUGAUCUAUCAUCUAUUGAUGAUGAUAGACACAAUAGUGAUGGGGGUAUAAAUUUGCUUAAUAAAGUAGAGAAUUUUGAUAAACAAGCAUUGAUAGGUCAUGAAAAUACGACGUACAGUGAUGUUUAUAAUGAAUUAAAUGAUAAAUUACAAUCAUCAGAAAAUGAUACAAGUAUUUUUGACUAUGUCAUAGAGAAAAGUGAGGAAGUAUCAAUAGGGGAUGAAAUUACUGAAAACUGUGAUCUUGAAAAAUCAAACGAUGAAAUACGAUUAUCCCAAAAUGGUGAAAGAAGCUGCAAUGUGACUAAAACAUGUGAUAAUCAAGUUUUAAUGGGUGAUGAAAGUAUACUAAAUAGCAAUGAUUUUAAGAAGUUAGAAUGUGAAAUAUCUUUCAAAAGUAAUGAAAGUGGUGAAUUAAUUAAAAUAGGUGAUAAUCAUGCAACAUUGGGUGAUGAAAAUAGUCAAAUUGACGCGUGUACUGGAAAUGAUGAAAACAUUACAGUUGAUAAUUUAGUUUCAGAACAAGUAAAUAUAGAAAACAUUAUAGGAGAAGUAAAUCAGUUAAAUUCUAGUGAAAAUGGAAUACUUUAUGAAAACAGUCUGGCCGAAUUAGUGAAACUUAGAAAAAGGAAAUGUGUUAAAAAUGUAACAAGUAUUAGUUAUAUAGAUGGCACAGAUAAUGAAGAACUUGUUUAUAUAAAUAACAUCAAAGACAUAGAUGGUAUCAUUAAAGAAAUAGAUAAUAUGAUAGCGUUGAUAGAAAAUAGAAAUCCAGAAACUUUGAAUAAUUCAGAAAAAUUAAAAUCAGUUAAAAGGAAUAGAAAACCUAGAAAGAAGCGAUGUAAACGAAACAUUAAAGAGAAAGUUAAUACAAAAUCUGGAAUUAAUAAAAUACCUAAAAUUAAAGUAGAAAAAAUUAUAAAUAAUGAUGAAUUGGAGAAAAGAAAUGAUGAAAUAGUACCGACCGAUGGUGAAAAAAUACCAUCGACCGAAAAUGAUGAAACUUUCAACAAUAACCAAUCAGAUUUUCAAGAGAUAUCUAUUGAAAACUAUUUAGAAGAAGGAGAUAAUAAUAAAUAUUGGAUUAGACGAAGCAUUAGAAACCGAAAUAAAAAAAAUUAUACUGAUUUCGUUAGUCAUAAUGAUUUUGACAGUGACAAUGAUAGAGAUCAAGAUUUCGUGCCCAAUGGUGAUGAUGAGGACGAAUCAGGUGAUGAAAUGAAAAAUAAAUCGGAUAAAUUCAAACUCAAUACUCAUCAAUGUUAUGUUUGCUUCAAGCUUUACCAAACUAAAGAAAAACUCAUAGACCACUGCAAGGAACAUUUUGACAUUUGCAAUCCAAAAAUGCUUAAGAAAUGUCCUUUCUGUGAAUAUGUUACUAACUUAGACUUGGUCAAACACGUACGUUUAAUACACAAAGUAAACUUAAACUAUCUUUACGGAACUCUAAAAGACAGGAAGAACAAUAAUUGUAACAAGUCCAGAUUUUAUUUCAAUGUUGAAAAUAAUCUAGUUGAUGAAGUAGAAGUUAUUCCGAGUAUACCUAAUUUGAAUAGACAAGCAUAUUUGAAAAUAGAUAGGAGGAGGCGUGAAAAAAACGAUAAGGAAGUAAAAAAGGCGAAAUUAGUCAAAAAAGAUACGGGGUGGAUUGUCGAAAAAGUGCUCAUAAAUACGAAAAAAGAGAAUUAUGUUUUACCCGAUAAAGUUGAAGAGUUACUCAAAAAUAAGGAAAAAGCAUCCAAAAAUGAUGAAAAUGACAAAAGUGGGGAAAAUAAUAGUGAAAAAGAACCAGAAAGUGAUGAAGAUGCAAGAAAUGAUGAUGAAGAAGACCCAGAAAAUGAUAAAGAUGUCGAAAAUAAUGAAGAACAACUGGAAAAAGAUAAAAUUGAUAACAAGAAUGAUGGAACGGAAUCAAACAGUGAUGAUUAUUGUGCAAAAUUGCAAAGAUUGUAUCGGAUUGCAAAGACAAAUGGUCAGAAAAUGCUUUUCCCAUGCAACCAAUGUGAAAAAAUAUGUCAAACUUUAAGUGCUUUGAAGUUACAUUCACGAAGACAUGAUCCUAAUGCUAAACCUUUCAAGAAGAAAGUAUGGAAACACAAGCUUAGUGAAGAUGAAUUGAAAAAAUUGCAGGAAAGUAAGGAAAAAAGCAAAAAAAUAACUAAAAACAUCAAAAAUAGAUACGAAAAACCAAAACCGAUUGUGAACAAGCAUAAAUGCGACCCGAAAUUGAAAGAUUUCUACGAAAAAAAUAUCAAAGGUGGCGAUAUAGAAUUUUGGCAGUUUUUGAAAAUUUUCAACAAAAUGUCCCGUGAAAACGUCAACGAUUUUUCCGAUUUGGAAAACCGCACUGAAUUUGGAAUUCAUUUCAUCGAUCCAAAGUUGAAUCCCUCAAAAGAAGUUAACAGUUCAACCUGUCAAGAUUUCAAUUCAAAAAAAUUGGGUAGUUCUAAUUCAAAAACUAAAAAAAGUAAAUCAAAAACUUUAGGUGAUGAAAUGGGUACCCCCAUUAAUAAAAUGAGAAAAGAUAAUAAAUUCAAAAGAACCAUAUUAAUAAGUGAAAAAGAAUUCUUGAGAAGAAAUGCAAUAAAAGAUAUUCUUAGAAAGAAAAAUAUUAGGAAAUGCAAUACAAAUACAUAAUAUUAUCUAG